AAAUACCGUGAGGGCCAACCUCGUCCUGCAACGGCCGCUCUCCUCGCCGCCUGCACGCUCGCCAUCGCGGCCGCCGCCCUCCGCGCGCCCACCGCCGCCUCCGCCCGCCGCCUGCACACGCCCCUCGCCCGGGCCGCGCACGCCGCGCCGCUGCACGCGCCUCGGCUCGCCACCGCUGUGAUGAGUGAAGGCUCGAGCGCGGUGCUGCUCUCGACUUGUGCAGAGGCGUGCGGCGAGCUCUCCGAGCUUGUGGCCGCAAUCUACGGCCUCGUCUCGGCCGACGGCAGCGCGGCCACCCUCAAGCAGGACAAGUCGGUCUUCACGCUCGCCGACGGCCUCGUGCAGGCGCUGCUCCGGCGGUUGCUCGCGCCCCACGUCGCCAGCAUCGUGGGCGAGGAGGACGAGAGCGAGAUCAGCGUCGACCGGCCGCCCUUCCGCGCCGGCGAGCUCAUCGCGCCCGCCGAGCUCGAGGCGCUCGUCCUUCGCACCCGCGACCGGGUGGAUGCGCUCUCCGGCCAGCUGGCCGGAGGGGCGUUCGCCGACCUCACGCCCUUCAUCGACCCGAUCGACGGGACGCGCGAGUUUGCGUCGCGCAAGGGCGAGCAGUGCACCAUCUGCAUCGGCUUCGCCACCCCCACAGGCGCCGCGCACGCCGGCAUCGUCUACCGGCCGCUCACCUCGCCGCCGACCUUCGCGCUUGGCUGCGCGGCGGAGGGGUUUGUGAUGUCACUCGGGGAGCGGCUGGGCGGCGGGCUGGUGCGGGCGGGCGGCGCGGGCAACAAGGCGCUGCUGCUGCUCGAGGGCGAGGCGUCCUGCUACAUCCAGGACCGCGGCGUCUCGCGCUGGGACUCAUGCGCCGCGCAGGCGGUCCUCGAGGCCCACGGGGGCUGUUUCGCAAAGCUGGCGGCGCUCAAGCCGUACUCCAACACGUGCGGCCUCUUCGCGCUGCCGCCCUCCGAGAUGGCAAACCUCGAGGAGUACAGGCAGGCCGUCCGGGAAGCAGCGGCGCGCCACCCACCAGCCUACGACUGAGCGCCAAACUGACGCGCUUGGCCAACCCGCGAGGGCCACUAGCUUCACGGGCGUGGUGAUCGUGGGUCGCUUUUGUGGUCUUUGAGAACACGUGGACAUAGGAGUCAGAUCUUAGAAUUGUGUCGCCUACUACUAUGUUUGAACACCACGUACCUGGCUUGUACC